GUAUAAUUGACGUGAUCAAACUGGUCAAACCCCGCCCUUGCCAAAGCUGCAAAGCCGGGCAAGGGACAAGCAAACCUUCGUCGCGCUGCUCAACAUACUUCCGAACACCUUCCAGGCUCACAUAGUCCCAUCCCACCAUCCGCCCAAUGCCGCCGGCCAACCUCACCCCGGCCAAGUGGCCCAAGACCCUCACAGCCGGCCACCUCCACCGCCUCGUCCGCGCAGAGCGUGACCCGCGCCGCGCACUCGCGCUCUUCGACGCGGCCACCGCCGCGUCCGUGUCCGCCCCAAUCCUCCCCUCCCCGGACACCGUCUCCCUCCUCACCUCCCGCCUCGCCUCCGCCGGCCUGCUCCCGCUCGCCACCUCCCUCCUCUCCCGCUCGCGCGCGCUCUUCCCCUCCGCCGCCGACCUCGAGCCUCCCUUCCUCACCCUCCUCCGCGCCUUCUCCCGCACCCACCGCCCCCUCGCCGCCCUCCAGCUCUUCCGCUCCGCUCCCUCCGCCCUCGCUCUCCCCCACUCCGCCCGCUCCUACACCGCCGUCCUCGCCACCCUCGUCUCGCACUCCCAUCUUCCCCUCGCCCACUCCCUCCUCGCCGACAUGCGCGCCGGCGGCUUCGCGCCCACCACCGCCACCUACAACGUCCUCCUCAAGGCCCACUGCUCUGACGCGUCCGCUCCCAUCGAAGACGCUGUCCGCCUUUUCCGGAACAUCCCCAAACCCGACGCCUGCUCCUACAACACCGUCAUCGAUGGACUCUGCCGCCGCAGCCGCCGGGCCGACGCCCAAGAGAUCUUCUCCGAGAUGGUAGCAAAUGGCGUGGCGCCAACGGUGGUUACUUACACGACUGUUAUCAAUUGGCUUGCACGGGAUGGUUGCUUGGAUGAUGCGCUGAAGAUGUUUGAUGAAAUGGGGAGGAUAGGGAUUGCACCCAACGUUGUCACCUAUAGUUCUCUGAUUGAUGGAUUGUGCAAGGGUGGGCGUGCAGCAUCAGCGUUGGAGUUGUUGGAUAGGAUGGCCAAGGAGGCAAAGCUGCCAAAUACAAUUACAUAUAGCUCUGUGAUUAAUGGCCUCUGUAAGGAGGACAGGCUGAAUGAGGCAAUGGAGGUUUUGGACCGAAUGCGUCUCCAGGGGAGGAAGCCUGAUGCUGGAUUGUUUGGGAAGCUAAUUGUUGGUCUGUGUGGUGCAGGAAGAGCCGUGGAGGCUGCAAACUACCUAGAUGAGAUGGUUCUUUCUGGUGUUGAACCGAACCGGGUGACAUGGAGCCUGCAUGUCAGGAUAAAUGAUGCAGUGGUGACAGCAUUAUGUGCUAAGGGUGAAGCUGGCAGGACUUUCCGGGUGUACCAGAGCAUGAGGACCCGUGGCAUUUCUACUGAGCCAGGCACUUUUCAUCUCCUGGUUGAGUUCUUCUCCAAGAAGAACGAUCUGGAGAAAGCAGCUCAUGUUGUGCUUGACAUGUUGUCAGAAAAAUGCAUCCCAGAGAGGGAAACAUGGGAUAUUAUUCUCACUAGGUAUUGGAGUAAGAAGAAGGUGAGACAAGAAGCUGAGCAGAUGUGGAACCAGUUAACAGUUGUCUGAUUCAAAAAAAAAAAUAUUGUGCUAUACCAUGCCAGUAUAAGGUGUGCUGCAAAUGUGGAACCAGUUAACAGUUAUCUGAUUCAAAAUAAUCUUGUGUGCUAGUACAAUAUGCUCCUGAGCUCUUAACGUGUUAGUCUUUCCAUCACGGUGUUACACAAGCGAGAGAGUUUGUCACCAAAACUCUUACACUGCAGUGCUUCCAUUUCCAGGAUAUGUGAAAGUAUUGAAGUUUAUUGUAUGACAUAAUUUUUCAAGUGACAAGCAUGAUGGCAGGGAGGUAUGAUGUGGUGUUGCCUUUCAUAUCUCUUGUUUCUUAUGUAUAGAAAUAUACUACAUGCAUGGCUGCAUAAGUUAACUUUUAUUCUCUUCAUCUUUCUUUUGUUUCCUUCUGUUGCUAACCUAAAUGUUUGUUCAGGGUUAUUGCAGAAAGUCAUAAAAGCUGUAUGAUAUAACCUUAAGAAUGCAUUGUAGUCUCCGAACA